CUUCCAUCGAUCUUGAAACCCUAACGCGGGCCUCGCGCAACCCGAGCCCCGGCCGCCACCUUCGUCGUCCAAUGGCAUCGGCCGCUGUCCGCCCCCUCGUCACCGUGCAGGCCCUCGAGGGCGACAUGGCAACCGACGCGCCAUCCGCCGUCCCCCUCCCCGACGUCCUCAAGGCCCCGAUCCGCCCUGACGUCGUCCGCUUCGUUCAUGCGAACCUGUCCAAGAACAGCCGCCAGCCCUACGCCGUCUCCAAGCGCGCUGGCCACCAGACAUCCGCCGAGUCCUGGGGCACCGGCCGCGCCGUCUCCCGAAUCCCCCGCGUCCCCGGUGGCGGCACCCACCGCGCCGGCCAGGGUGCCUUCGGCAACAUGUGCCGUGGCGGGCGUAUGUUCGCCCCCACCAAGACCUGGCGCCGCUGGCACCGCCGCGUCAACAUCAACAUGCGCCGCUUCGCCGUCGCCUCCGCCCUCGCCGCGUCUGCCGUCCCUUCCCUCGUUCUCGCCCGUGGUCACCGCAUCGAGUCCGUUCCCGAGCUCCCCCUCGUGGUCUCCGACUCCGUCGAGGGCGUGGAGAAGACUGCCUCCGCCAUCAAGAUCCUCAAGCAGAUCGGUGCCCUCCCCGAUGCUGAGAAGGCCAAGGACAGCCAGGGCAUUCGCUCCGGGACGGGAAAGAUGAGAAACCGUCGCUAUAUCUCGCGCAAGGGUCCCUUGAUCGUCUACGGCACCGAGGGCUCCAAGAUCGUUAAGGCUUUCCGUAACAUUCCUGGCGUCGAUGUGGCCAAUGUGGAGCGCCUCAAUCUUCUGAAGUUGGCACCGGGAGGCCACAUCGGCAGGUUCAUCAUCUGGACCAAAUCCGCCUUUGAGAAGCUGGACUCUGUGUUCGGUACCUUCGACAAGCCAUCUGAGAAGAAGAAGGGGUACGUGCUGCCGAGGUCCAAGAUGCUGAAUGCUGAUCUCUCGAGGAUUAUAAACUCUGAUGAGGUGCAGUCGGUGGUGCGACCGAUCAAGAAGGAGGUGAACAGGCACACUCUGAAGAAGAACCCGCUGAAGAAUCUCUACACCCUUUUGAAGCUGAACCCCUAUGCCAAGACCGCCAGGAGGAUGGCUCUGCUCGCUGAGGCCCAGCGGGUCAAGGCCAAGAAGGAGAAGCUCGACGAGAAGAGGACCCAGCUCCCCAAGGAGGAAGCUGCUGCGAUCAAGGCUGCUGGUCGGGCGUGGUACAAGACUAUGAUCUCCGACAGUGACUAUGCUGAGUUCGAGAACUUCUCCAAGUGGCUUGGCGUGACACAGUGAUCGAUCAAUGAGUGGUAAGAGGGAAUUCUUUUAACCAAUUUGGUUCAGGCAUUGAGUAAGAACCUUGCAUGGACAUGUUUAUGUUGUCAUUUCAGAACCGUGCUUGCUUAGAUAAACGAACAAAUGUUUUGUUGAAUGCAAGGAUUGUUUGUGUUCCUA